AAAUCGAUUUUUAAAGAGCAUAGAAGUGAUUACCUAACAAUAUCCCGUCAAUAGUUCAAGAAUUUAUUUUUUUAGAAAACCUUGUCACUGGAUCUUAAUUAAAGAUGGCAGAAGAAGCACCAAAACCAGUAGGAAGACCAAUGCGAUUCCCAUAUACAUGGAGCGCUAAGAUUGCUCAAUUUCCAUUGAAAUGGUAUGUCAACUCAAAUCCAUUGUGGAAAUACUACUUCCUUGGUGUGAUAGUGGCACUUCCAGUUUUCUAUAAAGUCGAUAGAUUGUCCAACAGUCCAGGAAACGUCGCAAAAUGGGCUGAAAGCAAACGCAAGGAAGCUGAAGAGCACCAUCACUAAUUUUAUUUUUAAUGCCAAUUUCAAUUUAUUAAAUUCAAGAUGUAAAUCGCUGAAAGAAAGAAUAAAUCCAUCAAAUACAAUGUCGUGUUAAAUAGGAGCAAAAACAAGAAACGG